AUCGCCACCUCACGCCGAAGGAAUGCUCAAAGUAUGCACACGUUCCCAAAAGUAGACCUCCUUCACCGCCGGAGGAGCAUACAUCACCCCGUGGCAGCCGUCCACCUUCUCAGGCGUUUCGUAACCGAGUAAACUGAGAGCUGGGAACAGCCCUCUAUUAAGUAGCCCGCGGCGCAGAGUCUCUUCCCACUUGGCGAAGGCGAACCGCCCCAGACGCGUCCGCGCGCCGGCAGCUGCAGGCUCAGGCGAUCUCCACUCGUCCUGCAGCGCCCGCCUCUCCUCCUGGGAUUCUCCUCCUCCUACUGGACUUCCCCGCCGCUGCCCACGCCUCGGCGGCCGCUAGGUGCUCCUGGAGCGCAGCGCCUAUCGCCGGGGCGUGUGGGGGCCACACCGAGCACCAGCUUCUCCGACGCCAGGAAGCCGCCGUCGCCGCCUCUACCUCACCCUGUCGCCGCCGUCUCAGAGCUCUUCAUGCCGCUGUAAGCUCGGAGGCCGAGGAUGCGGACCAGGCUUCCCCCAGUGCUUGCCGCCCUGGGCGCGGCCCUGCUCCUGUCUUCCAUUGAGGCAGAAGUUGACCCACCUUCAGACUUGAAUUUUAAAAUUAUAGAUGAAAAUACUGUUCAUAUGUCAUGGGCAAAACCAGUUGAUCCAAUUGUGGGUUACAGAAUAACGGUGGACCCUACAACAGAUGGGCCUACUAAAGAAUUUACCCUUGCAGCUAGUACCACUGAAACUUUAUUGUCAGAACUUGUACCUGAAACAGAGUAUGUGGUGACAAUAACUUCAUAUGAUGAAGUAGAAGAAAGUGUACCAGUUAUAGGACAACUAACAAUUCAAACAGGUAGUUCGACAAAGCCAGUGGAGAAGAAACCUGGAAAAACCGAGAUACAAAAAUGCUCUGUCAGUGCCUGGACUGAUCUGAUUUUCCUUGUGGAUGGCUCUUGGAGUGUGGGAAGAAAUAAUUUCAAGUACAUUUUAGACUUUAUUGCUGCUCUUGUGUCUGCUUUUGAUAUUGGGGAAGAGAAGACAAGAGUUGGAGUUGUUCAGUACAGCUCUGAUACCAGGACUGAAUUUAACUUAAAUCAGUACUACCAAAGGGAUGAGCUUCUUGCUGCAAUAAAAAAAAUUCCAUAUAAAGGUGGCAACACAAUGACAGGGGAUGCCAUUGAUUAUUUAGUUAAAAAUACUUUCACGGAAUCUGCUGGGGCAAGAGUUGGCUUUCCUAAAGUGGCAAUUAUUAUAACGGAUGGAAAAUCCCAGGAUGAAGUGGAAAUUCCAGCAAGAGAGCUUCGUAAUGUUGGAGUUGAAGUUUUCUCCUUGGGCAUUAAAGCUGCAGAUGCAAAAGAACUCAAACAAAUUGCCUCCACACCUUCACUGAACCAUGUUUUCAAUGUGGCCAACUUUGAUGCAAUCGUGGAUAUUCAGAAUGAGAUCAUCUCCCAGGUGUGCUCAGGUGUUGAUGAACAACUUGGCGAAUUGGUUAGUGGAGAAGAAGUUGUUGAGCCUCCUUCAAAUUUGAUUGCCGUGGAAGUCUCUUCAAAAUAUGUUAAGCUAAGUUGGAAUCCAUCUGCUAGUCCAGUGACUGGCUACAAAGUCAUCCUCACACCAAUGACAGCAGGAAGCCGACAGCACGCUCUGAGUGUGGGGCCUCAGACAACCACGCUCAGUGUUCGUGACCUCUCAGCAGACACAGAAUACCAGAUCAGUGUUUCUGCCAUGAAGGGAAUGACAUCCAGUGAACCCAUCUCAAUAAUGGAGAAGACUCAGCCAAUGAAAGUACAAGUGGAAUGCUCACGUGGUGUGGAUAUAAAAGCCGAUAUUGUGUUUUUGGUUGAUGGCUCCUAUAGCAUUGGGAUUGCAAACUUUGUUAAAGUUAGAGCCUUUUUGGAAGUUCUUGUAAAAAGUUUUGAAAUUUCACCAAAUAGGGUCCAGAUUAGUCUUGUCCAAUACAGCCGGGAUCCUCAUACUGAGUUCACUUUGAAAAAAUUCACCAAAGUGGAAGAUAUAAUUGAAGCCAUAAACACCUUCCCUUACAGAGGAGGAUCUACAAAUACUGGCAAAGCAAUGACUUAUGUCAGAGAGAAAAUAUUUGUGCCUAGCAAGGGAUCAAGAAGCAAUGUGCCGAAGGUCAUGAUUCUUAUCACGGAUGGGAAAUCAUCAGAUGCUUUCAGAGAUCCUGCGAUAAAACUGAGGAAUUCAGAUGUUGAAAUCUUCGCAGUUGGUGUGAAAGAUGCUGUUCGCUCAGAAUUAGAAGCUAUUGCCUCUCCUCCCGCAGAGACCCAUGUGUUCACAGUGGAAGAUUUUGAUGCUUUUCAGAGGAUAUCUUUUGAACUCACACAGUCUAUCUGCCUUAGAAUUGAGCAAGAAUUGGCAGCUAUAAAGAAGAAAGCUUACGUCCCUCCAAAGGAUCUUAGUUUUUCAGAAGUGACUUCUUAUGGUUUCAAAACCAACUGGUCUCCAGCUGGAGAAAAUGUUUUUUCAUAUCACAUCACCUACAAGGAAGCGACUGGGGUUGACGAGGUCACUGUGGUGGAGCCAGCAUCGAGCACCAGUGUUGUUCUCAGCAACCUGAAGCCAGAGACCCUGUAUUUGGUCAAUGUGACUGCGGAGUAUGAGGAUGGCUUCAGCAUUCCCUUAGCUGGAGAGGAGACCACCGAAGAAGUAAAAGGAGCACCUCGAAACCUAAAGGUGACAGAUGAGACUACAGAUAGUUUUAAAAUUACUUGGACUCAAGCUCCAGGGAGAGUUUUAAGAUAUCGAAUUAUAUAUAGACCAGUUGCUGGUGGAGAAAGCAGAGAAGUUACCACCCCACCCAAUCAGAGGAGGAGAACGCUGGAGAACUUGAUUCCAGACACAAAAUAUGAAGUAACUGUAAUUCCUGAAUAUUUCUCGGGACCUGGUUCUCCAUUAACUGGAAACGCAGCCACUGAAGAAGUUAGAGGGAAUCCAAGAGACUUAAGAGUUUCUGACCCUACGACGUCUACUAUGAAAUUAUCUUGGAGUGGGGCACCAGGAAAAGUGAAACAGUAUCUCGUCACAUAUACCCCAGUGGCAGGGGGUGAAACUCAAGAGGUCACUGUGAGGGGAGAUACAACCAAUACGGUGCUGCGGGGAUUGAAGGAAGGGACACAAUACGCCUUAUCUGUGACAGCCUUGUAUGCGUCUGGGGCUGGAGAUGCCCUCUUUGGUGAAGGAACAACACUUGAAGAACGUGGUUCUCCUCGAGAUUUAGUUACUAAAGACAUCACUGACACAUCAAUUGGGGCUUAUUGGACAUCUGCUCCAGGAAUGGUUCGCGGUUACAGGAUCUCAUGGAAAUCACUUUAUGAUGAUGUUGACACUGGAGAGAAAAAUCUUCCUGAAGAUGCAAUUCAUACUAUGAUAGAAAAUCUGCAGCCAGAGACCAAAUACAGAAUUUCAAUAUUUGCCACUUACAGCAGUGGAGAAGGAGAACCUUUGACUGGAGAUGCCACAACUGAAUUAUCUCAAGAUUCCAAAACUCUGAAAGUAGAUGAAGAAACAGAAAGCACAAUGAGAGUUACGUGGAAACCAGCUCCAGGGAAAGUCGUCAACUACCGUGUUGUCUAUCGCCCCCAUGGGGGAGGGAGGCAAAUGGUUGCUAAGGUGCCCCCCACAGUCACUUCAACAGUGUUAAAGCGACUUCAGCCACAGACCACAUAUGACAUCACAGUUCUUCCGAUUUACAAGACAGGAGAAGGAAAGCUUAGGCAAGGAUCAGGAACAACAGCUUCUCGAUUUAAGUCUCCCAGAAACCUCAAAACAUCUGACCCAACCAUGUCAAGCUUCCGAGUGACUUGGGAGCCUGCCCCUGGGGAAGUGAAGGGUUAUAAAGUCACAUUCCACCCUACGGGGGAUGACAGAAGACUGGGGGAGUUAGUGGUUGGACCCUAUGACAACACGGUUGUUUUGGAGGAACUUAGGGCUGGUACCACCUAUAAAGUAAAUGUUUUUGGAAUGUUUGAUGGAGGAGAAAGCUCACCACUUGUUGGACAAGAAAUGACAACCCUUUCCGAUACAACUGUAAUGCCAAUUUUAUCUUCUGGGAUGGAGUGUCUCACCAGAGCUGAGGCAGACAUUGUGUUGCUGGUGGAUGGAUCAUGGAGCAUCGGCCGGGCAAAUUUUAGAACCGUGAGGAGCUUUAUUUCUCGUAUUGUGGAAGUCUUUGACAUUGGCCCCAAAAGAGUACAAAUUGCUCUUGCUCAGUAUAGUGGGGAUCCCAGAACAGAGUGGCAGUUAAAUGCUCACAGAGACAAGAAGAGCUUGUUGCAAGCUGUGGCAAACUUACCAUACAAAGGAGGCAAUACUCUCACAGGCAUGGCUUUGAAUUUCAUUCGCCAACAGAGCUUCAGGACCCAAGCUGGCAUGAGACCUCGAGCUCGAAAAAUUGGUGUGCUCAUUACUGAUGGAAAAUCACAAGAUGAUGUUGAGGCACCUUCAAAGAAACUCAAGGAUGAGGGAGUGGAGCUGUUUGCUAUUGGUAUUAAAAAUGCUGAUGAAGUCGAAUUAAAGAUGAUUGCAACUGAUCCUGAUGAUACCCAUGCAUACAAUGUGGCAGAUUUUGAGUCACUCUCCAGGAUAGUGGAUGAUCUCACCAUUAAUUUGUGUAACAGUGUCAAAGGUCCAGGUGAUUUGGAAGCACCUUCUAACUUAGUUAUUUCUGAGCGAACCCAUCGUUCUUUUAGAGUGAGCUGGACACCACCUUCUGACAGUGUGGAUCGAUACAAGGUGGAAUACUAUCCAGUUUCUGGAGGGAAACGUCAAGAAUUUUAUGUGAGUCGAAUGGAAACCAGCACAGUGCUGAAAGAUCUGAAGCCUGAAACUGAGUAUGUUGUCAAUGUGUAUUCUGUGGUAGAAGAUGAAUAUAGUGAGCCUCUGAAGGGCACAGAAAAAACCUUGCCAGUGCCUGUAGUCAGCCUGAAUAUUUAUGAUGUUGGCCCUACCACCAUGCAUGUGCAGUGGCAGCCUGUGGGAGGAGCUACUGGCUACAUCUUGUCAUACAAACCUGUUAAGGACACAGAGCCAACAACACCCAAAGAGAUGCGUUUGGGGCCAACAGUGAACGACAUGCAGCUGACUGACCUUGUUCCCAACACGGAGUAUGCAGUCACAGUCCACGCUGUCCUGCACGACCUCACUAGUGAACCCGUCACUGUUCGGGAAGUCACCUUGCCUUUACCCAGACCUCAGGAUCUGAAACUCAGAGAUGUGACUCAUAGCAGUAUGAAUGUCUUUUGGGAACCUGUGCCUGGAAAAGUGCGUAAAUAUAUUGUUCGAUACAAAACACCGGAAGAGGAUGUCAAAGAGGUAGAGGUGGACAGAUCAGAGACCAGCACUUCCCUCAAAGACCUCUUCUCACAGACCCUGUACACAGUCAGCGUUUCUGCAGUACAUGAUGAGGGGGAGUCUCCUCCAGUGACUGCUCAAGAAACUACCCGACCCGUGCCAGCUCCAACAAACCUAAGGAUUACUGAAGUAACAUCAGAGGGUUUCAGAGGGACCUGGGAUCAUGGAGCUUCAGAUGUGUCUCUCUACAGAAUAACUUGGGCACCUUUUGGAAGCUCAGAUAAGAUGGAGACCAUCUUAAAUGGAGAUGAAAAUAGUUUGAUGUUCGAAAACCUGAAUCCCAACACCGUCUAUGAAGUUUCCAUUACUGCCAUCUAUCCUGAUGAGUCAGAAAGUGAUGACCUGAUUGGCAGUGAGCGCACAUUGCCUAUCUUAACAACACAAGCUCCCAAAAGUGGCCCACGAAACCUUCAAGUGUACAAUGCAACAUCUAACAGCUUGACUGUUAAGUGGGAUCCUGCUAGUGGUCGUGUGCAGAAAUAUAGGAUCACUUAUCAGCCUUCCACAGGGGAAGGCAAUGAGCAAACGACCUUUUUACUCAAGACCACAAUAGGAGGACGGCAGAACAGUGUGGUCCUGCAGAAACUGAAGCCAGACACUCCUUACACUAUCACCGUAUCCUCUCUGUAUCCUGAUGGUGAAGGAGGUCGGAUGACGGGAAGAGGCAAGACCAAACCUCUAAACACUGUUAGGAACCUAAGAGUGUAUGACCCUUCUACCAGCACCUUGAAUGUCCGCUGGGACCAUGCAGAGGGAAAUCCUCGUCAGUACAAGCUCUUCUAUGCACCAGCAGCAGAUGGUCCAGAGGAACUGGUUCCAAUCCCCGGGAAUACCAAUUAUGCCAUUCUUAGGAAUCUCCAGCCAGAUACUUCGUACACUGUGACGGUAGUUCCCGUUUAUACUGAAGGUGAUGGGGGACGCACAUCAGAUACUGGAAGGACAUUGAUGAGAGGACUGGCAAGAAAUGUCCAAGUAUACAAUCCUACACCUAACAGCCUCGAUGUUCGCUGGGACCCUGCACCAGGACCUGUGCUGCAGUAUCGCGUUGUGUAUUCCCCUGUGGAUGGCACAAGACCCUCAGAAUCUAUAGUGGUGCCAGGAAACACACGCAUGGUGCAUCUGGAGCGGCUGAUUCCGGACACACUCUAUUCCGUGAACCUUGUGGCUCUAUACUCAGAUGGAGAGGGAAAUCCCAGCCCUGCCCAGGGCCGAACGCUACCACGGAGUGGACCAAGGAACCUGAGAGUGUUUGGUGAAACAACCAAUAGCCUUUCGGUAGCCUGGGAUCAUGCUGAUGGGCCAGUUCAGCAGUACAGGAUCAUCUAUUCUCCCACUGUUGGUGAUCCAAUUGAUGAAUAUACCACAGUCCCAGGCAGAAGAAAUAAUGUAAUACUGCAGCCGCUGCAACCUGACACUCCAUAUAAAAUUACUGUUAUUGCUGUUUAUGAAGAUGGAGAUGGUGGCCAUCUAACAGGAAAUGGAAGAACUGUGGGACUCCUUCCUCCUCAGAACAUACACAUCUCUGACGAAUGGUAUACAAGAUUCAGGGUGUCCUGGGACCCUUCACCCUCUCCAGUUCUUGGAUAUAAAAUUGUAUAUAAGCCAGUGGGUUCCAAUGAGCCCAUGGAAGCCUUUGUUGGAGAGAUGACAUCAUAUACCUUACACAAUCUCAAUCCCAGCACCACCUACGAUGUGAAUGUUUAUGCUCAAUAUGAUUCUGGACUCAGUGUCCCCUUGACAGAUCAAGGCACUACAUUAUAUUUAAAUGUAACAGAUCUGAAAACUCACCAGAUUGGGUGGGAUACAUUCUGUGUCAAAUGGUCAGCUCACCGGGCAGCCACCUCCUACAGGCUAAAACUAAGCCCUGCAGAUGGAACCAGGGGACAAGAAAUUACAGUGCGUGGAUCAGAAACCAGUCACUGCUUCACUGGCCUUUCACCAGACACUGAUUAUGGUGUCACUGUUUUUGUGCAGACACCAAAUCUCGAGGGACCAGGAGUCUCUGUUAAAGAACAUACCACUGUGAAACCAACAGAAGCCCCUACAGAGCCACCCACCCCUCCUCCCCCUCCCACCAUUCCACCAGCCCGGGAUGUAUGCAAAGGGGCCAAGGCAGAUAUUGUGUUCUUGACUGAUGCCUCUUGGAGCAUCGGGGAUGAUAAUUUUAACAAAGUUGUAAAAUUCAUCUUUAAUACUGUGGGAGGCUUUGAUGAAAUCAGUCCUGCUGGGAUUCAGGUUUCAUUUGUGCAAUACAGCGAUGAGGUCAAGUCUGAGUUCAAGCUGAACACAUACAAUGACAAGGCUCUAGCCCUUGGGGCCCUCCAGAAUAUUAGGUACAGAGGAGGAAACACAAGAACAGGCAAGGCCCUCACAUUUAUCAAGGAGAAAAUCUUGACUUGGGAGAGUGGCAUGAGGAAGAAUGUCCCUAAGGUGUUGGUUGUGGUCACAGAUGGUCGGUCCCAGGAUGAGGUCAAGAAGGUGGCUUUGGUCAUCCAGCAGUCAGGGUUCAGUGUCUUUGUAGUUGGUGUGGCUGAUGUCGACUACAACGAGCUUGCCAACAUUGCCAGCAAACCAAGUGAACGGCAUGUGUUCAUUGUGGACGACUUUGAAUCUUUUGAGAAGAUCGAAGACAAUCUUAUUACAUUUGUUUGUGAAACUGCCACUUCAAGUUGUCCUCUCAUUUAUUUGGAUGGUUACACCUCACCAGGUUUUAAGAUGCUUGAAGCGUACAACCUGACAGAAAAGAAUUUUGCUUCUGUACAAGGAGUAUCUUUGGAGUCAGGGUCUUUCCCUAGCUACUCAGCUUACAGGAUUCAGAAGAAUGCAUUUGUAAAUCAGCCUACAGCAGACCUACACCCAAAUGGACUCCCUCCUUCAUACACGAUUAUAUUAUUAUUCAGACUUCUCCCAGAAACUCCCAGUGACCCUUUUGCAAUUUGGCAAAUCACAGACAGAGACUACAAACCACAAGUUGGAGUGAUUGCAGACCCUUCUAGCAAGACGUUAUCAUUCUUUAACAAGGAUAUAAGAGGCGAGGUACAAACUGUUACAUUUGACACAGAUGAAGUAAAGUCAUUAUUUUAUGGAAGUUUUCAUAAGGUUCAUAUUGUGGUGACCCCAAAAAGUGUUAAGAUUUACAUUGACUGCUAUGAAAUUAUAGAAAAAGACAUCAAGGAAGCUGGAAAUAUAACAACUGAUGGUUAUGAAAUUCUUGGAAAACUCCUUAAAGGGGAAAGGAAAUCAGCCGCAUUCCAAAUCCAGAGUUUUGACAUUGUCUGCAGCCCAGUGUGGACCAGUAGAGACAGAUGCUGUGAUAUUCCCUCUAGGAGAGAUGAGGCAAAAUGCCCUGCUUUUCCAAAUUCUUGCACAUGUACACAGGACAGCGUUGGACCUCCAGGACCUCCAGGCCCUGCAGGAGGGCCUGGUGCUAAAGGUCCCAGAGGUGAAAGAGGUAUCAGUGGGGCAGUUGGGCCCCCUGGUCCUCGUGGAGACAUAGGUCCUCCAGGCCCCCAGGGUCCUCCAGGCCCUCAGGGACCCAAUGGACUCUCUAUUCCGGGAGAGCAAGGUCGCCAAGGGAUGAAAGGUGAUGCUGGAGAGCCAGGACUUCCAGGCCGAACAGGAACUCCAGGGUUACCUGGCCCACCAGGACCAAUGGGACCUCCAGGAGAUAGAGGCUUCACUGGAAAAGACGGUGCAAUGGGACCCAGGGGCCCACCGGGGCCACCGGGAAGCCCAGGCUCCCCGGGAGUCACAGGACCAAGUGGGAAGCCAGGAAAACCUGGAGAUCAUGGCAGACCAGGUCCAUCUGGGUUGAAAGGAGAAAAAGGUGAUAGGGGAGACAUUGCUUCCCAGAACAUGAUGCGAGCAGUUGCAAGACAAGUCUGUGAACAAUUGAUAAGUGGUCAGAUGAACAGAUUCAAUCAGAUGCUGAAUCAGAUUCCAAAUGAUUACCACUCCAGUCGCAACCAGCCAGGCCCGCCGGGUCCACCGGGACCUCCUGGCAGCGCAGGAGCCAGAGGAGAACCUGGACCUGGGGGGCGGCCAGGCUUCCCGGGCACACCAGGGAUGCAGGGACCCCCUGGGGAACGAGGUUUGCCAGGAGAGAAAGGUGAAAGGGGUACUGGAUCUCCAGGACCUCGGGGGCUGCCUGGACCCCCAGGUCCACAAGGAGAAUCCAGAACAGGUCCACCAGGGUCCACAGGUUCAAGAGGUCCCCCUGGCCCCCCUGGCCGUCCUGGAAACUCAGGUAUCCGAGGACCCCCGGGUCCUCCUGGAUACUGUGAUUCAUCUCAGUGCGCCAGCAUCCCAUACAAUGGGCAAGGCUAUCCAGGUUCCGGCUAACACAUUUUCUAAGUCGCCAGUGCUGCUUACAGUUUGAAUACAUGAAAAUCCUGUUUCUGAGAUGUUUGCGCACGUGCUUAUUAGGAAAUGAGUCUGUAUGGAAAUCUCACCACAGAUAAUGGUUAACGAACCGGGUCGACAUCACAAAGGAGGGUGGAGACUCUUUUUACUAACUUGAAUGAGACAAAAGCAGUGGUGUCAGUUUAUAAGCCUGAUGCAUUUCAGUAAUAAUGUAGAAAAACAUUAUUUUAAAAAAGUUCCAACACACAGCCAUGAGGAGCCUCAGUUGUGAAAGAGGUGCAUAAUAAAACUACUAACCAGAGGAGACUAUGCCAUUUUAAGAAAAACAAUUAACCUGGUUAAAGAGAAAUGUCUUAUGUAAAUAAUAAACUAAUUGUGGCUUGUAAAUGAUUUGUAUGUGAUCCUGUCGACUAAAAUCACUUAACAAUUCUACAAUAAGCUUCUGCAUCAAAGCCUGCCGCUUGCUCUAUGCCGGAAUAACACCAAAUGGAAUCUCCUCAUCUCUUGCUUGUUAGCGAUGUGUCUGAUUCAGGGCAUCUGUCUCUGUUACUUUUUUGUCCGUGUCCUCUCAUUUGGGUUUUGUAACUGAAGUUUUCAAACCAAAGUUUAAAAUCACCUUUUCUUCCUGUUUUGCUGUAGUCACUGGUGUUCCUCACCCACCAGCUGUAACUCAGUUACUGUGAGGUACAGCCACAGAAGAUGUCAUGUACUGUAUAUUACCUGGUGAUAGUUGCUUUUCACCCCCCGAGUUCAGUUUCUAGGAGCCAAUAAAACUUUCCCUCACCUCCUCAUCUUUCCAAGUUGUUCUUUGAAUUGAGGAGUUUGAAGGCAUGAACAGUUACUUGGGGAUUUGUGAAAAUCCUACUUAGGUACUGCGUUUACAGUUUUUUGGUCCAGUCUCUGACCCUUCCCAGGUAUUUGUGCAAUGAUUGUAUUUACUGCUGGAUUUUUGAAGAUUUUUUUUUUUUUUUAAGACAGUGCCAUUUCAUUAUUUGAUUAUCACCAAAUUCUCUGGAAGUAAUUGGGACAUUGUAACUUAUUUAUAGUUAUGAGAUUAAGACUGGAGUGCCAUCACCGCGGGUGAUGAUUUAGCUUUUGCUGUGUGUAUGUGCCUUCCAAAUCAUGCCAUAACUGUAAUGUUGAAUCGGACAGAGCCUUAUGUGCCCGAGGGCGGGGCCUACCUGCCUGAGCGCGAGCCCUUCAUCGUGCCGGUGGAGCCCGAGCGGACGGCGGAAUAUGAGGACUACGGCGCAGACGAGCCUGCAGAAGAGACUCCUGAGCCCCGCGGGCGCUGGCGGCGCGCCCUGUCCCACGGACCCGGGCAGUGAACCAGAGACCACGCGCCGCGCCGCGAGGCUGGGGGGAGGUGUUGAAAUUCUCAUUUACAGGUCAGAUAGAGCAGUGUACGUCUUUUCUGCGGUGUUUCUUCCAGCGUUGCUCAUCCUGGAGUACCCUUUCUGAUUGUAGAGAACCUUGUUUCUGCAGGAAGCCUAGCUCCAAGCACGCAGUCUGUAGACAUUUUUGCCUUUGCCCUUGAAAUGCUUGCAAAAUACUUUGUUCACAAAAGCUGCAAAGACAGAACAUGCCGUGUGCCUUUAGUUAGCACAGCGGGCAGCCUCAGUGAAACUCUUAGGUAAAGCAGUAAGUUCUGGAACCCAGAGCUACUGAGUAUUUCGAGCGGGCAGUUUAUCUUUUGCUAUACUUCUCUGCAAUUCAAUUACACCACUAUUCAAAUAAUUCCCCUCCUAAAACCAAAAAGGAGGGAAACGUCAACUCCAUUGCAAUUAUUUAUCUUCCUCUUCUAUCUCUGUUUUACACCGGGGCAUAGAAUGCUCGUAUACAUCUCUUUAACAACCACCAACCUUAAGCCAUGUAGAUGAAGUUAGUGCAUCAACGGGAUACAGUUCCAUAUUGCCUUAAACCUCCUUGUUUUAGACACACUAACAUUUAUGCCCAAUUGCAGAUUAUUCUGCAGAGAUGGAAUUGCAUGUUUGUGUUGUAUAUUUAGUAUGAACUUUUUUCAGAAUAUAAUAUUUCUUAGUUAUCAAAAGCAGUUGGAAAACGUUUGCAAGACUAUGAACAUAGAAUUGCUGCUUUUAUAUUUUAACUGCAGAUUGUGAAUUUCACUGCCUUAUAUUAUUUAUUUCUGAAACAAAAGAGGCAUUUUUCAAUAAAACUACUGAAAAUUUGA